ACCACAGCGCUGUAUGACUGAUGAUCUGCUUUUAUUUAAUUUUUCCUUUUUUAUUCAAAAUAUUCAAAUUUGUUAGCUAUAGCAUAAAAUCAUAAUUAUCUGAUAUUCCGAUUGUCAAAUAUUUGCAAGUGGAUGUGUUUUGCUGUUUAAACACCUUUAUAACGAUCGCGUUAGUUGAGCCAUAUGAGCGAUGGGCGCUGCCAUGUUAGUUUGCGAACAGAGAAUCGGAUCUGUUGGAUUUACAACACGUGAAUUCAUCAUCCACUUCUCCCGAAAUACAUGAAAAUCUCUACAGCUAUGGACUCAAGAACAGUGUUUGUCUUAUUAUGGAUGUUGCUUUCAUCCACCUCCACUGGAAUCAAACUAGAUGGAAAUGGUUAUGUUGACAUUACCAUUGCAAUCAGUUCAAGAGUACCACAGGAUAACACGCUCAUUGAUAAAAUCAAGGACAUGGUCACUGAAGGGUCGUUUCGUCUUCAUCAAGCAUUGGAUAAAAAGGUCUAUUUCAAAGAAGCAACGAUAUUAGUUCCACCCAAUUGGAAUAGUAAGGAAUUUACCAAAGCAAGAACAGAGUCCUAUGAAAAGGCAAAAAUAAUAAUUGAUAAUGCUAAUCCAGCAUAUGGUGAUGAACCUUACACUCAUCAUUAUGGUGAAUGUGCAGCUGAGGCUCAGUACAUUCAUUUCACCCCAAACGUCCUCCGGAACGACACACUCAUUAAGACUUAUGGGUCAAGAGGAAAGGUCUUGGUUCAUGAAUGGGCUCAUCUGAGAUGGGGCGUGUAUGAGGAAUACAGUGAAACAAAACCAUUCUACUCCUCUAAUGUCCGUAUUGAAGCUACAAGGUGUAGCAAAAACAUUGAAGGUCAGUUUUAUGAUGAAUCACGACUGUGCCACCUUGAUCCAAAAACUCUACUACCGACUAAGGGGUGCAAGUUUUAUCCUAACAAAUAUCAAAACGCAGGCAGUUCCAUAAUGUUCCUACCAAGCCUGGAUUCUGUGAGCACAUUUUGUCGUGAAAAUGAGCACAAUUAUGAAGCCCCAAACUUGCAAAAUGAAAAAUGUGGCAAAGCAACACGGACUGUGAUAUUUGAGGAUUCUGUUGAUAAAAACGCACUUCGUUCUCUGAAACCACUGCUGUCCUCUCCACCAGCGCCAUCUUUCAAAGUUGUGCAGCGAAAGCAACGGGUUAUUUGUCUCAUCCUUGAUGUCUCAGGAAGCAUGGCAACAGAGUUCAGAAUCCUUCGACUACAGCAGGCUGCCACACAUUUACUGCAGAUCAUCAUUGAGGAUCAAGCCAGUGUUGGAAUUGUAAGCUUUAAUACUAUUGCUAAAACUCUGAGCCCCUUGACUACUAUUGACAACGAGUCCACACGAGAGAAACUCGUCAAAUUGUUGCCAAAUAAACCAAGUGGAUCAACAAACAUGUGUAAAGGCCUCAGUCUAGGCUUACAGGUACUUUCAACAGACAAUGGGGAUGCAUCCGGAGAUGAAGUCAUUUUUCUGACAGAUGGUGAAGCGACAGACGACAUUGACAGUUGUAGUCGCGAUGCAAUAAAGACUGGUGCCAUUAUACACACAAUAGCUUUAGGUCCCAAUGUAGCUAAUGCACUGAAGAAAAUGGCGAAAGAAACUGGGGGGAAAUACUUCUCAUCCAAUGAUCAGCUCACCUCCAACCAGUUAAUGGAUGUAUUUGGUUCACUUACAUUAUCGACUGGAGAUUACACAAAAGAACCAGUUCAGCUAGAAAGUGUUGGAAAAACAACAUCAGACUGGUUCAAUGGGACAGUAUCAGUGGAUCAGACUGUUGGUAACAAAACCAGCUUUGUAAUAAUCUAUGAAAAAAGUGAUCCUAUCAUUUCCAUCCAGUCACCAAGUGGCUCAAUAUACAGUCAGACAGAAAUUAGUCAUGAUAUAUCUCUGAAAAAAGUCACCUUGAAUGUUCCAGGAACUGCAGAGCCUGGGGACUGGAAAUACAGUAUCCAAACUACAACACUUCAGGCUCUGACUAUAACAGUAACGAGUCACGCGGCGCAUGCUGAUGUUCCCCCUAUCAUAGUCAAAACCCGCAUGAACCAGCAGUUCAGUGACGGCACUAAACCCAUGAUAGUGUUUGCUGAGGUCAGUCAGAAUUACAAGCCUGUAAUAAAGACUGAAGUGCGGGCUUACCUGGAGUCCCAAUCUGGGUCCGCACAAGAAUUACAACUCCUGGACAAUGGAGCAGGAGCUGAUGCUUUUCAAAAUGAUGGCAUCUAUUCCAGAUAUUUCGCAAAGCUUGAAAAAGGGAGAAUCAGCUUGAAAGUAAGAGCAAAGAAUCAAGAUGGACAAGCCAGAUUUUCUCUUCAAAAAAAGAGUGGCGCCCCAUAUGUACCUGGAUACGUGGUAAACGGUGUUGUGGAGCUGAACCCUCCAAAGCCUCCAGUUUCCGAGGAAACACUUGAGGUUGGAAGCUUUACCAGGACAGCCAUCGGUGAGAGUUUUGAGGUGGCUUUUACAGGCACGACCCCACCAAAUUUCCCUCCUAACAGAAUCACAGAUCUGAGUGCUGAGAUCCAGGAGGACUCUGUGCUUCUCAGCUGGACGGCUCCUGGUGAGGACCUCGACCAAGGGACAGCUAAAUCCUAUGAGAUCAGGUGGAGCUAUGACCUUCAAAUGCUUCGAGAAAACUUCGGCAAUGGUCAUGCAGUCAACACAGCUGCCAUCUCACCGCAGGAGGCUGGAUCAGUUGAACAGCUUUCAUUCGAUCUCAGUUUCACAAUCCAAAAUGGCACCACACUUUUCUUUGCAGUUCAGUCUGAGGACGAACAAAAUGCGAAAUCUGAAACCUCUAACAUCGCUCAAGCUUCAAAGAUGCUCCCUGAUCCAAACCUCCCCACAAUAUCAAACCCAGGCUUGAAUUUCACAGUUCUUGUAAUUUCGUUGUGUGUAGUAACUAUGGUCAUAUGCUUUGUUGCUGUAUUCACAUGGGCAGUAAGACGCAGAAAAAGCUUUGAUUUAAGCAACAAUGUGGAAUUAAAAUGCAAAUGAUCAAAUCAACCCUUUUGUCUAAUUUGAACAUAACUAUGUACUUCCAACAACUUUAGAACAUUUCUUAAAAUAACCAUUUUUGUCAAACAGAAUUUCUUACUUUCUGAAUAUUUUUUCAAGUACAUGUAUUGCUAUGUCAUUUAGAAGUCUCAUUUAUAAUAGAUUCUCAAUCGAUUUAUCUUCCUCUGAAAUGUAAGAACCUUUAAAUACAAAAGAAUAAAAAUACUUUUGUACAGUAAGGCAUGUAUUAAACUUUCAUUAUGAUGAUUUAAAGCACAUUUUUAGUGAAGUCAGUCUGUCACGAUCACUGUCAGUUCCUGGACUCCAUUUCCCAUAAUCCUCCUUGCCAAUCACAUGCACACUCCACACCAAUCACCAGUUGCCACAUACAGCUUAGCACACUACCUGGACUAUAAAGGACUUACACACACACCACCUCAUGGCGAAGUCUUGAUUUGCUGUGGUGAUCAUUACUGAGCGUUUUCUUGUGGACUGUCUCCUGGUUUCCGGUUGGAUUGUUUAUUCUUUGUGAUUCUCUGCUGCCUGCCCUGAACCUUGCCUGUGUACUGGACUGUGUUUGUUUGGCGCCUGCCCUGAUCUCUGCCUGUGACCUGAUACUGUUUGUCUGCCGCCUGCCUCGACCAUUGCCUGUCCCUGUUUAUGUUCCUGCCUUUGCCCCUGUCUACCUGUGUAAAUACUGUUCUUAAUAAAGCUUGCAAAUGGAUCCCCGCUCUGCCGACCCAUCGUCACACAGUCUUUGAAUUUUAAAUAGGGACCUAUUAUGCCAUUUUUCAAAGUCUUCAAUUUGUUUUUAGGCUCGACUAGGUUGUCAUGCUUGAAUGCUCAAAAAACACUUUAUUUUUCACAUUAUUUUAUAUUGUUGCAGCACCUCUCUUCCCGGUCUGUCAGUAAUGCUUUGUUUAGUUUCUGUCUCUGUGAAGUCCCUCCUACUGAAAAGCUCAAUGUGCUCUGAUUGGUGGUGUGUUGUGAUUGGUCAGCCACUUCGAGUGUUUUUCGGAAAUGUCACUCCCCUUACCAUAACAGUGAGUUUCAACACACUACUACUAAGGGUACGUUUACAUGACGAUGUACUCAAAAUGGAAACGUUUUUUUUUUUUUUUUGGUAUAGAUCUGUGAAAAUGACUAAAAAUGCUUUAUUGUGCAUAUCAGGCCAAUAGUUGGUAAUGUCAGUUUGUAUAGAAAGACUACGCUUCUGCACACAUGCAUUUUUUCACAGAGCACUCGCACCAAAUGUGUAUGCCCAUAGACUAAACACGUAAUAAGCAUGUGCAUGCUGUCACUGUUUUCACAGAUUUGCAUAUUUAUAGUUUACAUGGAGACAAUAACAGUAUCAUUUUCAAAAACUUCCACUUUGAAACCUGUUUUCAAAUGUUUGUGUUUUCAGGCCCCCAAAAUGUUGUCGUCAUGUAAAUGAGCGGCCAAAACGUAUAAAAAGUUAUACUCAAGAAACUCAA